AUGAAUAGAUGCGAUCUAAAUCAUUUUAUUAUUGGCGAGACAUUAUCUGUAGCGAAUGGGAAAAAUAUUAUUGGCGAGAUAUUAUCUGUAACGAAUGGGAAAAAACAUUCAUCUGAAUAUUUUUUCAAGAUAGUCGAAUACUUUCAAGAAAACAGCAAAUAUUGGAGUUUAUUGGGCACCCCAAAAAUAGCAAUGCAGCAUUUGAGUGGUUCCAAAGCUGGAAUAGGUGAAGCUGCUUUCAAUCUAGAUGUCAACUUUGUGUCUGUAUAUGGGGUUCGUAUAGAUACGUCUGCUGGUGUUGAUUGGUUGGUCAAGUCUGCAAACAGAGGGUAUUUUAUGGCGCACUUAAAAUGGGACAUAGGAUUAGAGUAA